AUGAAAAUUGAUUAAGAUAUUUCAAAAUUGACAAGUUAGUUGAAUUAAAUUAACUAAACUACAGAGACACUUGAAAAUGAUUUGCUUUAAUUAAAAAUAAACUAAAAAAACAUUUCAAAAUAAUCAAAUUUUUAAAAAGAAUAAUAAAUUAGGUAUUUUAUUGUUACAAUAUUUAAGCUUCAGUUAAAUUACUUAAUAGCUAUGCAAAUUUGACGAAAAUGUAAAAGACAUUAAAAUUUAUAUUGAUAAUCAUUUAAAGAUUUUAGAUUCAACUAUAAAUUCAGAAAAAGAGUAAUAUUUAUCAAUCAUAUAAUAGAAUAUAAAAUUAAAAAAUUAAUUAGAUAUAAUAAAAUAUUAAGAAUGAAUUACUUUAAGUAAGAUUAGAUAAUAAGAAUUUUAUAUAAUAAUUGAAAUAAUCUUAAAAUGACAUAAAUACUAAUCAAGCUGAUUUAAUUAAUAUUAAUAAUAAUAUUCAAAAUGAGAAUAUUCUUAUAAUUUAGAAAAAAUGUGAUUAAAUCAAUAAUAUAAAUUCUGAUCCCUUAAGAUCUUAAUCAAUCAAAAUAUAUAUAAAUCAAUUAUAUGAUGAAAGCUCAAGAAAAAGAGAUACAGCAAAAGAGUACUAAUAUUACUUGAGAAAAGUUUAAUCAGAUGAAGAAUUAUUUCAAUACUACAGAAUCUAAAAUGCAUAAUAAUAAAUGGAACUACGAAAAUAUUGUAGUUCAUUUAGAUAAGUGAGAGGAGAUGGGAAUUGUUUUUACUCAGCAUUUGGAUUUCAAUAUUUAGAACUUAUAAUUAGAUUCAGUAAUAUGGAAUUUGAUACUUUAAAAAAUUAAAUACUUGGAAAAUUUACUUGCUAAAUUAAUUAUGAAACUUUUCACUCAGAUUAGAUACCUAAUUUUAGUAAUUAAUUGAUUUUUGAAUUUAUUUAUAGAAUUGAAUAAAUAAGAUAGAUUAAGGAUUUGAAUCAAAGAUAAUUAUAAUUAGAGUAGUAAUUUGCUGCUCAUGAUGAAGAAAAUGAAGGGAUAGAUGGUUGCUUUUAUGGAAUAGCAAUUAUAUUUUUUAGAAGCCUUUCUAAUCAUUUAUUCUAAAAUAGUGAAAUGUAUCUUGCUAUUAGUGCUUUCAACAAUAUUUUAAUAUGGGAGUAAGAAUUUAACUCUACAGAAUUAAUUAUUUCAGAAUUAGCAAAAUUUUUAAAUAUGUAAAAUGAUAAUUAUUCUAAGCCAUGUAGUACUAUUAUUUUUUGAUAAGAAUGGAUUUAAAGUUUAAGAAUAUUAACCAUAAAAUUAAGACAAGAUUAUACUUUUAAUACGUCCUGGCCAUUAUAAUAUAGGUAUUUAAUGA